AUGCUGCCCACCGCGCAAUCUUGUGGUGCCGCCACCAAACGCGCUCAAAAGCCACCGCCCAUCCGCAUCGUUCCCGAGCUGAUCACUCCAGAUUCGACGGUGUGCGGCGUCACUUCUAACGAAACGCUUCACUCAUCUUCUCGUACGCAGACUCCCGACAUCCAUGACUCGAUGGACUACCUUGCCGAGCUGGUCAACGAACAGCGCAAUCUGGGCACUUUCACCUCGAUGUUCCCCAACGUUGUCAGUCUUCUGACUGCUGAGAUUACGCGUGUAAAGUACCUCAUCCACAAGGCCGAUUUUGGUGGUGACUUCGAACUACCGGAGCCAGUUGGUGACAAGAUCAUGCUGAAGAAGAAACUCUACAUUCCGGCGAAAGAGCACCCACAGACUAAUUUCGUCGGGCUUCUGAUCGGCCCCCGUGGCGAUACGAUUCGUCUGUUGGAGGAGAAGAGCGGAUGCAAGAUUUUGAUUCGCGGACAGGGCUCGGCAAAAGAAAAAUCUAGGGAUCAUUUCGACCCUCAGCCUGCUCGGGAGGAGGAAGAACUGCACAUAAUCCUUGAGUGUGAGGACAGUGAGAACCGCGUUGAGCUGAAGAUUGAAAAUGCUGUGAAGAUGCUGAAGCCUUUCCUUGAGCCGAAUGAAGAGACCCUGACUCCUCUGAAGCAAAAACAGCUGAUCGAACUGGCGAUCAUGAAUGGCACCUACAAGACGCAGAAAGAGAAAAGCAGAAUGACUGCGCUGCAGCUUCAGCCGGCUUUGCAAAACGGCAGCCACUCGCAUAUGAACUCACCGAUGUCGCCUAUGUUCUCCUUCCCAUUGAGCGGUGCCUACUUCUUCAACGACUCCCAUCAGCUGCAUUAUAACGACAGCCGUCUG